GUAAUCCCUUAUGCACGACAUAACAAUAAUAUUUUUAUAGUGUUAAUCGUAAAGAAAUGCAAUCCGAGAUUUUGGGACUUAAACAUAUCAAAGAAGCGUCAGCUUCUCCACUUCUUAUAACACCCCGUGAUCAACGCAAAAGUAGCCUGUACCUAACCAAGUUCGAGAUCGCUCGUAUUGUCGGAGAAAGGGCACGUGAAAUUGUGAGUGGAACUGCGAUUAAGUUUUCUAAUGAGACUGAGUCUGGUCUGGAUGUUCACACCAUUGCAGAGCGCUGUCAGGACCCCUAUGCGUCUUCGGUAGACCCUGUCAUGAUGGCUAAGAUGGAGCUUCUUCAGGGCAAGAUCCCAAUGAUAGUGAGCCGCACGUGGCCUGACGGAACUCGUGAAGUUGUUCCCGUAAAAGAGCUUCUUGUUGACCACACAUUGGUUGAUUUAGAGUACUGAUUACAGUACUUGUCGUUGUUCCUCUUGUUUUAAAUAUAAAACAUCUAAAAAGAAGGUGCCAUAGCACAACUUAUCUCAUGUGUACUCCCGCCUCAUCCGGGGCGUUCCA